UUAUUACUAGAUGGAACUCUAAAUAUGAUGCUACUCAAAAAGUGUUAAUACACAAAAAGAAAUUGGAUAUUUUAUUUGAUGUAUUAAAGUUAAAUAAGCUCAAACCUAAUGAGUGGUUAUUUUUGGAAGAAAACUGUCUUUUGUUGAAACCAUUAUCAAAUUCAUUGGACAAGUUACAAAGAGAGAAAAAUAGUUAUUUAGGUUAUGUUGCUCCUACAUUAAUAGUUUUGAGAAAAUUGUUAAUUCAAUCAAGUAAUGAUUUAAGUAAUGCAAAAAGCAAAGAUUUUAUUCUUGCCUCAAUAAGUCAUCCGAAAUUUAAAAUGUCCUGGGUUCCAGUAAGAUAUAUAAGUUUAUGUAAAGAAUUAUUUUUGAAUGAAUGUAAUACAUUUAAAGAUGGAAAUUCUGUAUCUGAAUCUGCAUCUGAUAAUGCAGACAGUGAUUCUAGUGAUGAAUUCUACAGCAAUUUAUCUGAAAAUUUAACUACAUCUUUUCAUCCGUCCGCAGAUGUUGAUUCAGCUGAAAUAGAUACAAGUGUUUCCAAUACAGCUGGUGUUGAAGCAUUGAAAUAUCUUAACUCAAAGAAAAAAGAAGUAAUGUCACUUAAUGAUGUUCCAAUUGUCAAGCAAAUAUUUUUUAAGUAUAACACCACCUUGCCGUCGUCAGCUCCGGUUGAAAGACUGUUUAGCAAAGCUAUACAGAUGUUAACUCCCAGACGUAAUCGUCUUAGUGAUGAUGUGUUUGAAAUGCUUUUAUGUUGCAAGUCUACUGAAUGA